GAUGUAAAUUAAAAUAUAUUUAGUCUACUCUCUUUAAUUCAAUUUAAGAAUAUCAUUCUUUUUUCUUUACUUCAUAUAAAUUACCUAAUUCAUAUAAAUUGUAUACUAUAUACUAAAAUAUCCAUUUAAAUGAAACUACUACUCUUUACCUUAAUUUAAUAUUUUACCUUAUAACUAAAAUCAGUCUACUUUUAUUGAAUUGCUAACAAAAUUAGAGAGUUUGAACUUUAUUUUGUUUAAUAAUAUUUUUGUUAAUAAUAAUCACAGACUUUCAUUCUUAGCAGAAAAGCCUAUUACAAGUGUGAUUUCAUUCCAAAAUAGUAAGAAUAUAU